GCUCCAUCUCAAUCAUAUUACAAAACCCUAAAUCCCAAAUAAUCAUGCUAUUUAGGGCUUUUCUGUUCCCAAUUAGAAAAAACUAUAAUGGUGAUUUUGACAGGGAAAUUAAUAUAUGGAGUUGCUUUGGAGUCUCACUCUCGAUUUCUCUUCAUACCCUGGGUGAGAAGCAAUGGUGUUAUAAUGUCUUUGAAAGUUAGUAACUUCAGUUCAUCAAUUCCUGUUAGAUACAUUCCCAAGAACUCUCCGAAACCUCGAAUACCAUUAGUUUCUACCCCGCCAAAGAACGACAUUGAGGAGCAGGUUAAGCAUAAGCACACUUGUUUAGACUCAAAUGUGGGUAGGGCGGAGAGUUCAUAUGGGACAGAGGUUGCAAAAAGAAAAUUCUCGCCGAAAAAAUCUUUCAAGACUGAAAAUUCGAGAAGUUUGGUUCCACCUGUAAAUGAUUUUCAUGACGUAUCUAGGCAUGGAAGCCCGGAAUCGGAUGUCUUAGGGUUAGAGUUAGGGGAUGGUGGGAAGAGUAUGGGUGGAAGCUUCGAUGUUGAUGAGGUGUUAGAUCGAAAUCACAGGGCAAUUGUUAACUUGGACUUCAAUGCUGAAUCAGAAACAGAUGAAGAACUUGGUGGCUUAAAAAGUCUGGAAGAUUCCGAAGAGUUGGUACAUGAAAUAACAGGGAAGGAAGCUAGUGGGACCGCAUUUCAGCCUAGCAAAAAUAACCAAGAUGCAGAGAAUAUGGCAGUUAGAUUCCUUUCCAGGAGAGCAUUAACAAAAAUGGAGCUUAGGAAGAAGUUGAUUGCAAAGAGAUACCCUCUUCAUGUUGUUGAUGAAGUGAUAAAUAAAUUCCAGAUAAGGAAAUUUCUUGAUGAUUUCCAGUAUGCAGAAGCAUUUUCUCGAUCCAGGUUUUCUUCUUUAAGUUGGGGUCCAGCACGAAUCAAGCAGGCAUUACGCUUAAAGGGUGUAAGUGAAGCUGAUGCAGAGAAGGCAAUAAAAUUAGUCUUCAAAGAUGGCCAAUCUGGAGAAGAUCAAUCAAGAUUUGGACUUUCAAAGUCAUCACUGGAUCAACUAUAUGCUCAAGCCUCAAAACGGUGGCUGCAAAGUCAGAGUCAGCCUGUGGAAAAACGGAAAUCAAAGAUCAUUCAGUGGCUCCAGUACCGUGGAUUUAACUGGGGAGUUGUUAAUGGUGUGCUCAAGAAGUUAGAGUCCGACUUUCCUCCCUAGCAAACACAAAUAUUCUUGAUUUGCUAUCACUUGCCAUUUGCUAUAAAGAGAUGGAAUGACCAAGCUGCUAGGUUGAUAGUGGUUACUUAUUCUAUCAUGUUAUUAAGAUCAAACUCGGAUGUCAAAUUCCUCUCCCAAUGUGAGAUAAGAAGGCCAUCUUCACGAGAUCGCGCAUCAAGCAAAUAGAAUGAGGACCUCCAUCGUGCUCAUGGGCUAACGGCAUUAUUCAUCAAUCUAUGAGGCACCAGGUAGAACUGUAGCAUUUGCUUGUUUCUAUAUGAUGGAAUAUGGAAACAAUUAAAUUUAAUUGUAUAUGACAAGUACAUUGUACAUUUCAUCCCAUGUAGAUCUGUCUGCCGUACAGAAAAAACAUAUGUAAUUGUUCUAUCUAUAUAUGCAAAGAUGAGCACUAGACUUUCGGAAAAAGAGUGGCUUUGGUUGCUGGAAAGCUCACAUGGGCAUGUGAUGUGGGAAGGAGCGCAGGACCAGAUGCACACACAUGAAUGUAUAGAGGUGUACAGAGAGUUUCCAAUGAUAUAAAUCCAAUCUGAUGGCGCCAAUCUUUGGUCCCAAUUUCUGAAAACCCCUCGACCUAUCCUGCUGUCCAAGAUGAAGACACUUGAAUCAUCCCAGUCCUCUGAAUAUACUCCUUACAACUUGAGCAAGCCCUUUACACUUCCAGUCAUAUUCUAAACUCAGCUAGAAAUGGAUUGGUUAUGCAUGGUGGUGGGGAACUGCCAACACUCAGCAAAUUUUACAUAAUCAGUAUUUUCUAUAUUUUAGCCAACCCGAGAGCCUGAUUGUCUUUAAUCUUUUUACUGCAAUGUAAUAACAUGGUAUAUCUCGUUUAAGAACCUUCUCUUCAAUUCUAGUA